UUUGUGUCCCUCUGCACAUCCGCCCAGCUCAUGUUGCUGCAGUAAGUCGGUUUGCUGACUGUCAUGGCUUCCGCUGCUUUACUGCUUCUGGCUCUCUCCUCCUCCGUCUCCCUCACAGUUGCCGUCCUGUUUGGUGAGCCCAGAAUUUAUGGAGAGGAUGCUACUGGAUACGGCCCCAUCUUUGAGGAGGAGCCUGUGGAUGUGGUCUACACGGAGGACUCUCCCGAUGGGAGAAUCUCCAUGAACUGCAGGACACGAGCGAACCCACCAGCUACAUACAGGUGGCGCCGUGAUAACUGGGAAAUCAAGCUGAUGGAGCAACCAGAUGAGCACUACAGCCUUGUGGGGGGGAACCUCGUGAUCACCAACCCUAAACAGAAGAAACACGCUGGGACAUACGUCUGCGUGGCCAGGAACAUCUACGGCACCGUCAUCAGCAAGGAGGCCAGGGUCAAGUUCGGAUUUGUGGAGGAGUUUCCCCAGGAGGAGAGAGACCCAGUGUAUGUCAAAGAAGGACAGGGAGCAGUUCUGCUGUGUGCCCCUCCAAAAGCCUGGCCACUGGAGGUGACCUACCGCUGGAUCUACAACGAGUUCCCAGUUUUCCUGCACACGGAUCGCCGCCGGUUUGUCUCCCAGAGGACGGGGAACCUGUACAUCUCCAAAGUGGAAGCUCAGGAUGCAGGGAACUACUCCUGCUUUGUUUCCAGCCCCAUCACUGGGAAGAGUGUCUUCUCCAAGUUCAUCCCCCUCAUCCCCUUACCCCCUGAUGAGGGUGAGAGAAAGUACCCAGCAGACAUCAGGGUGAAAUUCCCAGACACUACUGCCCUGCUGGCUUCUAAUAUUACACUGGAGUGCUUUGCUCUGGGAAACCCCAUCCCUCAUAUUGUUUGGAGGAAGGUGGACGCCACAGACCUCCCACCAAAUCAUGAGAUCAGCGAAUCAGGAGCUGUGCUCCAUCUGUACAAUGUGCAGUACGAGGACGUGGGAUCGUACGAGUGUGAGGCCAUCAACACGAAGGGAAAGGACUGGCACAAGGCCUGGCUGUAUGUGGAAUCUGCUCCGGAGUGGGCGGAGACCAUCAAUAAUACUCAGAUCGACAUUGGCUCGGAGCACACCAUGCGCUGUGUUGCGUCCGGGAAGCCCUUCCCUUUCAUCCGAUGGUACAAAGAUGGAUAUAUGUAUGGGAAGGGGGAGUUGAAGUUUUCCAGUCUCACUUUUGAUGACUCAGGAAUGUACCAGUGUGUCGCUGAGAACUAUUGGGGCAUCAAAUACGCCAACGCAGAGCUGCGAGUCAUUGCUUGUGCUCCUACAUUCGAGUUCAAUCCUGUGAAGAAGCAGCUUCUUGGAGCUAAAGAUGGCCGCGUGGUCAUCGAGUGUAAACCCCGAGCUGCUCCUAGGCCGAGGUACACCUGGACAAAGGGCAAAGAGCUCCUCUUCAACAAUUCACGCAUUUCCAUCCUGUUUGAUGGGAGUCUGGAGAUCCUCAAUGCCACCAGGAGUGAUGAGGGCCUCUACACCUGCUUUGCUGAGAAUGACAGAGGAAAGUCCAACAGCUCUGGCUACCUCACCAUCACAGAGGCUACCAGCAUCAUAGAGGCACCUGAAGACACUGAUGUAAAGGUUGGCGAUGAGGUGAUUCUGCGCUGCGCUGCUUCAUACGACCCCAUGCUGGACAUCGCAUUCAUCUGGGCCAUAGACUUCAGGGUCAUUGACUUUGACGCUGAGUGGCAACACUACGAACGCGUUAUGAGUGAUGAUGGCCACGGUGACCUGAGAAUAAAGAAUGCCCAGAUUUGGCACGAAGGUCGCUACACGUGCACGACUCAGACAGUGGUGGACAGCGACUCAGCAUACGCUGAUCUCAAGGUUGUAGGUGUUCCCGGGCCUCCUGGCGUGAUUCGGGUGGAGGAAAUCGGGGACACAUGGGUGAAGCUGUUGUGGACUAAAGGAGCCGAUCACAACAGCCCCAUUCUCUCCUACACCAUUCAGACCAGGCACUACUGGGCUCUGAACGAAGACGACUGGAGGGACGCCAGCACUUCUCCGGCGUUUCUUGAAGGCAGUGUGGAGAGGGCAGAUGUGACAGACCUGUACCCAUGGAUGGAGUACCAGUUCAGGAUCAUCGCCACCAAUGAGCAUGGCUCUGGAGAGGCCAGCAUCCCCUCCCUCAAGAUCAAAACCUGGGAUGCUUCUCCAGUGGUCGCUCCCACUGAUGUGGCAGGUUAUGGAGGCAGAAAUGGAGAAAUCGUCAUCACAUGGGAGCCUGUGCAGCCGUGGUAUUUCUAUGGCAAAAAGUUUGGCUACAUCGUGGCGUUCAAGCCUCAUGAUGCUUACGACUGGUGGUAUGAGACCAUUUCAGACCCAGAGACAAGGCGAUAUGUUCACAGAGAUACCUACUUCAUUCCCACUGAAGAGGAUUUCCAGGUCAGAGAGUUUCAGGUGAAGAUCAAGUCAUUUAAUGUGAAGGGGGACGGACCGUACAGCCUCACCAAGGUCAUCUACUAUCCAAGAGAUGUACCUACAGAGUCUCCGACAGACGUCUACGCCAGGCCGGUGUCCUCCACCGAAGCUCUGGUCUGGUGGUUGCCAGUGGUCGACACUGGUACAGGCCUGCAGCAGUACAUCGAGGGAUACCAGAUCAAGUACUGGAGAAAGUACGAUGAUCCGGAGCCGGGAGCGAACCGUAUAUUUGUUUCGGCCGCAGUCAAUCAGACCAGGUUGGAGAACAUGCUGCCAGACUCUCACUACCUCAUUGAGGUCCGUGCCUUCAAUGGAGCCGGCCUUGGACCACCUGGUGAACACUGUGAGAUGUUCACAAAGAGAGCACCACCACCAGAACCUCCCAGGAUGUGGCGCUAUAUUACCUGGACAGGAAAGUGGUUGUAUGUGUGGUGGGAUCAUAUCCCAUAUGACUGGUUUGGCAAUAUUUCCUUCCCACUGUACUACAAGGUCAUGUUCAGAAAGACAGGCUACAUCUACGGGAAAGUCUACAUCACUGGCUGGCACUUCAUGGACUUCCCCAUGCCUCAGGUGGGAGACUAUGAGCUGAUGGUACGUGGACGUUACGAAGGUGGAGAUGGCCCAAUCAGGAAGAUUAGUAUUAAGGGUAAAGCAUCUACGAUCACGCCCACUCUCAGCCUGGUGUCUUUGGUGCUGCUGGCGCUGUGCAUUAUGGGAUUGCAAAUUUAAACCUGCCGCAAGUGAUGUGUAUAUAAUAGACUCUGG